AUGACUUUUCAAACCAUAUUGAAACGUAAUCGUUCUUGCGUUUUUAUCGACUCAAGUAAUCCAAAUAUACACAAUCGAGUUAUUGACGGCUCUCAACCAAUAAUAACCCUUCCCUUCCCCCCUCUCAUUAAUCCACAUGAUUUAGUCGUUAAAUCUAGGGAUGGUAAAAUUCCGGCUCGAGUCCCUAAUGCGUUCAUCAUUUAUCGUAAAGUCUAUAUCGAAACCGCCAGAUCUCAGGGCUACAUUUUACCAAUGACGGUCAUCUCUUCGAUCGUCUCUCGUUCCUGGGAACGAGAGAACGAAAUUGUAAAAGCGGAAUAUAAAAGGUUAGCCAAAGAAGCUUUUAACGUUCGUAAUGAAAUGUUACCCAAAGCAAAUCGUAAAAGGAGGCGGGAAAAAUGGAAUAUCGUCACUUUUAAGAAAUCAGCUGAGCUUCGUAAAAGUCCCGUGCUUAAAGCUCAAAAUCCUACCAAAAAACUUCCGAUUCAAAUCCCUUCUCCGAUAUCCUCACCGGAACCUCAAUCCGAUAAUCUUAGUCCGGUAAUUUCACAAACUGAAAUUAUCAGUCCGCAAUUUAAUUUUGAAUUCACUCAAUGUAUGUUUCCAAGUCCUGAAAUCCCCGAGAUGACAAUUGGGGAAAUGAUUAUAAACAAUCGAUCAAGUCCAGAUUCUUCUCCUCAAAUAAACGAUCAUCCUUCAUCCGAAUCAUAUUAUCACAAUUUAAAUGAAGCAUCAUUUAAUUCAACAGCCCAUGCCAAUAACGAUAUUCAAAACGAACAUCAUUUAAUUGAUUAUGGCUGUGACUUUUCCAGUUUUAACGAAUUUAUAAUUGAUCCUGAAACUUUAGACAUGUCUAUAUACUCGGGGAAUUAUAUUGAUACUGAACCAUCUUCUGGGUUGGGGUUUGAUUUUUCUUAUUAUUAUUAA